CACGGGCGGGGGUGAGAGGUCACGGAGGCGGCGGCGGCGCCGGUGCGAGGGCAGCGGAGCCGCGUCCCGGCCCCGGCCCCGGUCAUGGCGGCCCGGCGGCUCCGCGGCGCCCUCCAGCUCGGGGCCCGGCACCGGCUACGGGCCGCGGCGGCCCCGCCCGGGAGGCACGCGGCGCUGUGCGGCCUCCGGCUCGGCCGGCCGGUGAGCGGCACCGAGGGGGAGCCGCGGCGCCAGCCCAGCCGCUCCUUCCUCAACCUGGCCGGGUCCUUCACCAACAAGCGCAAGGAGUACUCGGAGCGGCGCAUCAUCGGGUACUCCAUGCAGGAGAUGUACGACGUGGUGUCCAACGUGGAGGACUACAAGAACUUCGUGCCCUGGUGCAAGAAGUCGGUGGUGGUCUCCAAGCGGUCCGGCCACGUCAAGGCGCAGCUGGAGGUGGGCUUCCCGCCCGUGCUGGAGCGCUACACCUCCAUCGUCACCCUCGUCCGCCCCCACCUCGUCAAGGCUGUCUGCACGGACGGGCGCCUCUUCAACCACCUGGAGACCAACUGGCGCUUCAGCCCUGGCAUCCCCGGCUACCCCCGCACCAGCACCGUGGAUUUCUCGAUCUCCUUCGAGUUCCGCUCCCUGCUGCACUCCCAGCUGGCCACCGUCUUCUUCGACGAGGUGGUCAAGCAGAUGGUGGCAGCCUUCGAGCGCCGGGCGGCCAAGAACUUCGGUCCCGAGACCCGCAUCCCCCGCGAGCUCAUGUUCCACGAGGUCCACCAGCAGACGUGAGGGCAGCCCGGCUGCUGCGGACUGCGCCAGGGCCCCGGGGCCGCUCGCCCUGCCCACCCUCUUAAAUAUUUAUUUGAGUGCAUCUUUGCUGCCGUUGCCUCGACUUCCCUCCCAGCCUCGGGGGCGAGAGGUGAUGCUCCUGCAAGCGCGGGGGCUGCUGUGAGCCCCCCGGUCCCAUCUCAACACCAGGGGAGCUGCGGCCCAGGGCCAGCCUCCCCCUGGUUGUGUAGCUGAUUUUGGUUUUAAGUUUUGUUUUGUUUUAGUUCUUGGGAGCUCUUUUUUUUUUUUUUUUUUUUUUUUUAAAAAGAAAAAAAGAAAACUCUUUUUGUUCCUCAUAACUCCUCUGCAAGGCCAGAGGGUCCCAACCCCUCUGCAGGGGUGGAAAUGCUCCUGGGGCAGCUCUGCCCGGGCCCUGCGGAGGAGGAAGGUUGGUGCUGGCGGCGGGGGGAGCCCGGCUGGAUGCUGCUGGGGAACGCCAGGGGCCAGGGCUUGCCGGGGGGGGGCCUGACUGCCAGGGCCCCCCCGCCCCAUCCCCUGACUCUUCAGGAACGAAAGGGAAGGAGAAGGGUACAGAGAGAGGAGGCGGCAGCUGGAGCAGAGCUGCUGCCGGCCCCUCGCCUGCAGCCGCCGCAGGGGGGGCCCCCAGCACGGCCCCCCCCCUGGGUCCGCAGGGAGCGGAGCCGAGCCCCCGGCAGCGCCCGCGCCACCGCCAGACCCGACGUCGCACAUUUGCACAAGUCGCACGCACAGCGGGGGGGGACGGGGGGGCUUGCUCAGAACUUGCCCCCCCCCUCCCCCUCCUCCCCCAGCCCCUCGCAGCCCCCCCAGCACUUGCCCCAGGGACCAGGAUGGCCCCGGCCCGAGGCACCCCCUGCCCCCCCCCCCCCCCCCGAGCUUCCCCUUACCUUCAGUGUGGAGGAUCCAGCUCCAGCAGGCCCGAACACCCGCUGAGGGGGGGCCCACCGGGGGCCCCCUGAGCCCCCCCCAACCCCAGGCUCUUCCCCCUUGCCCCCCCCCCCAGUUCCAUCCCCAGCACCGAGGGGAUCGUGGCCUUGCUGCCCGAGGAAGGACUUCUACAUGCCAAUAAAGAGCAUUUUCCAAGGGUGA